CAGCAACACAGCUGAGCUCAGCUGAGAAUUCCCCAUUAGUUUAUAGACUGUUUUUUAAGUUUGGUAAAUUUACCUAAGCUUAACGCGCAUAGAAAUUAGAUUCCGAUCGAUAUGAGCCGUUGUCGAGUGGUAUCAUGCCUGAACAAAAGAGGGCAGGUGAAAUUUUAUCGUUUCCCGCGGGAUCCUGAAAGAUGCGCUCGAUGGGUGCAAUUUUGCCACUGUACUGAGACUGAGGAGCGAUUUAAAACAAUGGGAGUCAAAGGAGUGAGAAACUUUUCGAUUUGCUCAGAACAUUUUGAGCCUUCUCUCGUACGUAUGGGCCAUUUACCAGCGGAUGCGGUUCCCAUCAGCAUAGGGCGAACGUAUAUGACACCUGAAAUGUUGAUUGAACGUGGCUUUAAUGUUGAAUUGCAAGUAAAGGCGGAACCCGAGCCAGUUGAAUGGCAUACGGAAGAAGUAUAUAUUCCUGAUGAAGUUUUGAUAGAAAUGUUUUGCCCGGAAGACGUCAAAGUAGAGCCGAAUGAGGAAGAACAGUCAGAUCCAGAGAUCGUAGAAAAUCCUGUUACUUUUCCUGAGAUUCAAGGCGCUGCCUUGACCGAACAUUCCCAGGUUGCGAAAGGUAGUCAGAAUUUACCAGAAGCAACGGAAUCUGCCACUUUGCGUAAAGAUACAGACAGUAUUACAAAUACCCCAGUACCGAAAUCGAUACCAGCUUGCAAAGGAAUUUGUGCGUCGGUUCCAAGCUUUAAACAACGUUGGAAGGUUCAGGAGUUGAAAAACCACCAACUGGUGAACCUGAUACAGAAAAAUCAGCAGAGGUACAUUGAAACGGUGGCAAAAGUUAAGAAACUGACCGAUACAUUAGCUCUGAAAAAGCAGAAACGUGAUCGAUUAAAAGAACGAUAUAAAGAGGUAAAAAAGCAAAGAAAAAAAGCAGUCAUUAUACCCGACUUAGCAACAGAAUCUGAUGAUGACGAUGAAGGAGAUUUCGAUGAAGCCAAAGCGUGGUGGUGAUAAUAUAUUUGUAGUGUUUCGUGUUUUCAAAUAUGUUAAUAAAUGACGUAAAACUAUU